AUGUCGUCUCCCUCCCGAUCCAAGCGUCGCAAGGUCGACGGCACUCCCAACCCAAGCUCCCUCGCUUCGUUCGACCGCACAAUCUCCCCACCCCCGCUCGACGACGAUUACAACCCCACCGAUCCGGCCACAUUUGACGACAAGAACGACAAGCUUCGCGACUUCCUUCGUCCGCAGCCGGGUGGUGAGAAGAGUGCGCCGAAAGAAGUCAUCGAUCUCACUGUCGACGAGCCCGACGCGAGGGACGCAAAUGGCGCUGGCUUCCUCACCGCCGAGUCGUCGACGCAGACCGUCUCUUCACCCUUCCGUCUCACGCGUAUCCGCGGUCUACCCAACUCGGAGAACAAAAACACGGUCGGCAUCGAUGACAUCCUCGGCGACGUGAUGCUGCGCGAAGUGUGGUUGUUCAACUAUAUGCACGACAUCGAGUGGAUGAUGGAGCAGUUGGACGAGGAUAUUGUCGGACACGUCAAGGUGGUGUUCGUCCAUGGGAACUGGAAGCUGGAUGACCCGGGGAGGCACAGGAUGGAGGAGCAGGUGAAGGCAUUCCCGAACGCCAGACUCGUCGCUGCGUACAUGCCGGAGCCUUUCGGAACGCAUCACUCCAAGAUCAUGGUGCUGUUCAGAGGCGAUGACACUGCGCAAGUCAUCGUUUACACUGCCAACAUGAUAUCCUUCGACUGGGAGAACAUGACACAGGCCGCUUGGAUAUCACCUCUGCUACCCCUCGGAGAAUCCAAACCGCCCUCGCCGAUCGGCGAUGCCUUCAAGACCGACGCUCUCGACUACUUCUCUGCGUAUGGCAAAGCGCGUACCGGAGUAUUAGUUGAACAACUCAAGAAAUACUCCUUCUCCGCCGUCAAAGCCAUCUUCGUCGGUUCGGUACCUGGUCGUCACAAGACAUACGAGGCCAAAUGGGGCUGGCCGAAGCUGCGCAAGGUCCUCUCCACCAUCCCGAGCACCUCCGACGCCGACAAAACGUCCACGAUCUUUGCGCAAUGCUCCUCGAUAGCCACGCUCGGCGUGAAGGACACCUGGCUCACUCCCGUCCUCUUCAAAGCCAUGUCUGCGUCUGCCAACGUGGACACUCACCAACCGGAUUACGGAAUAAUCUUCCCGACGGCGCAAGAAAUCCGGGACUCGCUGAACGGCUACGGCUCCGGCAGCUCUAUCCACCUGCGGCUCGGCUCUCCCGCGCAGGCAAAGCAGCUAUCCUACCUCACCCCGCUACUGCACCACUGGUCCUCCCCGCCACUGCCGGGAACAUCCGCCUCCCCCUCCACCCUGGCGGGACGCGACCUUGCGGCUCCGCACAUAAAAACGUACAUACGCUAUGCCAACACCCCCCAGCCCGCGACAACGAUCGACUGGGCCCUCCUCUCCUCCGCAAACCUGUCGACGCAGGCUUGGGGCGCCGCGGAGAAAGACGGCAUGGUCCGUAUUUGUAGUUACGAGGCUGGCGUGCUAGUGCACCCUGGCCUCUGGGGAGAGGGGUUUACGAUGGUGCCUGCUUUUAGAGAGGAUACGGUUAAGCGUGUGGGAUGGAAGGGCAAGGUCGUCGCCCUCAGGAUGCCGUAUGGUCUGCCCGUGCAGAAGUAUACCGAGAAGGAUCAGCCGUGGUCGCCUGGCUUGCCGUAUAAAGAGCCGGAUUGGAUGGGCAGGAGGUGGGGCGGCGAGUGGGGCGGUGAGUGAGAGGGGUGAUUGUGGAUUUGUGAAAUUUGUGAUGUGCCGAUGGGAUGUGCCGAUGCGAUGUUGCACGGCGUGUGGACAAGCCAGCGAGUGAUAAGGUGGAGAUGUGUUUUUUUUUUUUCUUUUCCGGAAUAGUGCGGGGUAUGUGCUUCUUUCGCCUGGUAAUGUCUGGGCUGUAGUGGUUAUUGUGGGGAUGUGGGAUGUGGGAUGUGGGAUGUGGGAUGUG